AUUUGAGCGCAUUUGAAGUCCAACGGCCUUGGAUCAAGCACAAGUCCUUCGAAAGGGGCAAAAGAAAAGAAAAUAUUUGGUACAUUUACAAGCAUGGUGGACUCGCACUAGGUCGCGAGGAGGAAGGAGCCUCCAUUUCUGGGACGGUUACAUCGUGUAACCGGUAUCUGCAAGCCCAAAUCCAAUCCUCUUUCUCCACUUCCCUCCACUCUUCUUCCACACCUCCAUCUCUCAUCAUUCCUCUCCUUUCGAUGGAAAUGCUGACUCGUGGAAACUAUCAGAUCCGAUAGCCAUUAGAGAUCUGGCAAGCGGCACCGCGCAAGUGCUUCCGGCCCCAAAAUAAGCAUCUUAAUUUUUAAUUAUUCAAACAUGAGGAGACUGGUCUGCUGUCGCCGCCGAACCAAAGACUUCAGCCUGGAUUUCGAGGAGCAAGAGAGGGUGAUGACAUACAGCGGCCUUGAGAGCUGCAUCAUCAACAGUUGCUCCUAUGAUAAUGAGACUGGAAGCAGCGGCAUGAGUGGAGCUGAUGGCUGUGCUACCAUUGACUCCCUCGAUGAGGAUGCCUCAAGCUGCUCUUCUAGCAAAGAUGCCAUAGGCUCCUCCUUCUCCUCCCAAUGCCUGAUGUCAAGCAAGCAGGAGGAGCAAACUCUUGAUGAAUGGGACACCUUCCACAGCCUCCAUCAUCUCGGUGUCAAAGGAAAAGCCCCAGUUACUUACAAUAUGGAUGUCUCAGACGUCAAGGUUAUGAAGGAGAGGUUUGCAAAGCUAUUGCUUGGUGAAGACGUGUCAGGUGGGGCCAAAGGGAUUAGCACUGCUCUUGCAUUGUCUAAUGCCAUAACAAAUCUCUCAGCAUCAGUUUUUGGGGAGUUGUGGAAAUUGGAACCUUUAUCUGAAGAAAGAAAAAGCAGGUGGCAUAGGGAAAUGGACUGGUUGCUCUCCCCUACCAACUACAUGGUUGAGCUGGUUCCUGCAAAGCAAAAUGGCACUAAUGGGCAGAUGUUAGAGAUAAUGACCCCCAAAGCCCGUUCGGAUGUUCAUAUGACCCUUCCUGCCCUUCAAAAGCUUGAUUCGAUGCUAACUGAAGUAUUAGAUUCAAUGGUGGAAACGGAAUUUUGGUAUGUGGAAGAUGGUAGCAGAGCUGAAGGGCGGAGCCGAUGUGGUGGUAUUAGGCAGAGCAAGAAAUGGUGGCUCCCAUCUCCUCGGGUCCCUGACAGUGGACUCUCCCCUUCUCAAAGAAGGCGGCUUGGUUUCCAGGGGAAGAUUGUUCAUCAAGUCCUCAAGGCUGCUAAAUCAAUCAAUGAACAGGUCUUGCACCAAAUGUCCAUUCCAGAUGCUAUCAAAGAUGCCCUUCCAAAGUCAGGGAAAACUAGUUUGGGAGAAGGUGUCUACCAAGCUAUAGCUGUAGAAUCCAUUUCAGUCGAGGAAAUCCUGCUCUCUCUCAAUUUGACAAGUGAACACAAAGUCCUCGAGACUGUGAACCGAUUGGAGGGUGCAGUGUUUGCAUGGAAGCAGAGAAUGGCUGAAGAAACAAGCAAGAGAUCGCCAAUGCGGUAUGCAUGGUACUUUGGGAGAGAUUUUGGGUUGGAACUUGAAAAGACGGUAGUAUGUUCGGAAAGAGCUGAAGCACUACUGCAAAUUCUGAAGAUCAGAUUUCCAAACCUUCCUCAAUCCUUCAUUGAUGUCACCAAGGUGCGAUACAACAAGGAUGUUGGUUAUUCCAUUGUUGAAGCUUAUUCCAGGGUUCUUGUAGGCCUGGCCUUCAGCAUGCUGUCCAGAAUAGGAGACAUCUUGCAGGAGGAUGACUUGAAGAAGCCCGCUACUCCCAUUGCCACUCUCAAGUUUGAUUUCACUUCUGACGUAUAUCUUGCUGGGAUCACUGAAACUCCACCAGGUCAUAUUAAGCGCUCUCUCAUUGAACAAAUGAACAUGGUAGACGGGCGCUACAGCAAAGAUAAUGAAAGUAAGGCUAUGGAGGAACCUUUCUUGGAUGACAGUCGACCGAAUUUUUAAGGUGAUCACUGCAUAGGAAGAGAGUUUUAGGUAUUGCAGUGUCCGUAGAAUGACACUUUUAGAAAAGUAUGUACUGCAGUCAAUUUCAAUCGAUGCUUUCGUUGGAAAAUCUCUUCUGUACAUUCUAUAUGAUGAGAGCAUAAAGGUUUCAUGAUGUCUAAAAAAA